GGUGCCACAUUAGAAGAUUGUAAAAUAUUGCGAAAAGAAACAUGCUCGCAUGAGCUGCAUGAGUCGCAUGAGGUUGAAUAAUAUUUACAAAUAAAUAAAAGAUCCUAGACUUUGAACAAUAUUAGCUUCUCAGUUGGCUGAAAAGCCCGAAGUAAUAAUGGGUAAAAAUCAUCAACCAGAUGUGAGAGAGUAUGAUUCUUCUACUGAUUCUUCGGAAGAAAAAAGUAGCCCGACAGCUGCAUCACGUAGUUGUCAACAUCUAAAAAAAUCGGUGGAUUCUUCGAAAUUGCGUAAAUAUUUAAAAGCUACUGGUUUGCUGUUGGAGUGUCCUCAGUGCCAAAAAAUGAAUGCAUGCAUGUCAACCGGUGAGACUUUAGAUUCAUCAGAUGCAGUUGGUAGUUUUGAAUACGACAACACAUUGUGGCUAUGUUUAAAAUGUGGUACUCAGUUGUGUGGUCGUAAUAAAAAUAAACAUGCCCUGCAACAUUUCGAGACUCCGCAUUCCGAUUCUCAUGCUUUAACCAUGAAUACUCGUUCGUUUGAGAUUUGGUGUUAUGAAUGCGAUAAUGAAGUGCAACAAGAUUCCAGUAAAAAUUUGUUGGAUUGUGUGGAAUUCGUUAAAGGUCUAGCGCAUAAAUCCCCCCCAGGUACCGUGGGAAAUGUAGAAAAUAAAAUUGUGACUACGUGGGAAACCUUAAAGCCGCUGAUAUCUAAUGAAGAUUUUACGCCAAUUGCCAACAAUCCACCACCGCCACCACCUCCUAUUCCAGGCAUGGCUAAACGCAUUCAAGAACCAUUGGUUAUGUAUCCAAAUUAUCAGAAUGUUACCGCUAUAUCAACAGUUGGUAGUAGCUCCACCGUAAAUAUUAAACAAUUGAAUGAGUUGGAGCAAUUACCACGUGUUCGAGGGUUAACAAAUUUGGGUAAUACAUGUUUUUUUAAUGCGGUAAUGCAAUGCCUAGCUCAAACACCAUACUUGUUAGAGGCUCUAAAGGAAUCUUCAGAGCCAGGAGAAGGAUUUACUUUACCGGGCGGUUCAUUUAAAUUCAAAAAUGAUGAAGUUGUUAAUUUACCGCCUAUUAAAGGUUCGCUUGCUGCUUGGGGUGGGUUAACCUCCGCUUUAGCCAUGACACUAGAAGAAUUACAAUCAGGAGGUGGCGUUUUUACCCCCAGCAAACUUUUUAACAAAUUGUGUUCCAAAUGCCCACAGUUUCAAGGCGGUGAUCAACACGAUUCCCAUGAACUGUUGAGACAUUUGCUCGAAAGUGUUAGAUCGGAAGAUUUAAAACGUUAUCAACGCGUUAUUUUGCAAAAUCUUGGUUAUAAAGACCAAGACAUUACAUCCGUUUCCGACGACUUAAAGCAGAAAUGUAAAAUUUAUGGUAACCAGGCAGCCGAUCGUAUACUACGUCCCGAUCAGGUGUUUCGUGGAUUUCUAGUAUCCACCUUAACCUGUCAGGAAUGUUAUAAUGUUAGUUCCAGACAUGAAUAUUUUUUAGAUUUAUCGCUACCAGUAAGUGUAGAAAAAUCGCAGCCACCUCAAAUGCGUCGCAAACCAUCUCCAGACAACCCCAACUCGUUUUAUCUACACAAUGCUCCUAACACCGCACCGUUAACCGCAGGAUCUUCUAAAGCUCAGCUAAAAAAGGAACAAAAGAAGGAACGCAAAGCUAAACGGGUGGCAAAGCAUCAACAUACGAAGUUGGUACAAAAGCAAAUGCUUGAAGAAUUGACGGGAGCAGGGGGCGAUUCCAUUAUUCCACUAGGUUGCGCUACACGAGAAGAAGCCGGCGCUAAUUCCGCCAUUUCUUCAGCCAGCUCGUCCUCGGCCGAGCAGUCGGAUGCUGAUGUAGAAGACAAUCUUAUCGAUGAAAGUGAAAAGAAAAUACAGAAACCUUUAGCAAACGCGACGACCACAAACAUUGUGGACGAUACCAAUGGUAACAAUCAGCUGUCCAGUCCAGCUGAGAAAAGAGGAGAUUCACCAGAAAAUAUGGACAAAGAUUCUUUAGAUGAAGAUGAGAAUGACUCUGGUAUCGCCACUAGUCCAAACAAUCCAAUAAACAGUUUUCCACCCUCCUCCAAUUCCAAUUCAGAAGAGACCAACGGCGACAGUGUAACUGACGCCAAUAGAAGUGCCACUACAAAUAGCGUUUUAUCAUUGGGCCUUAGCGAGAAAGGUGCCAAUUUAGUAAAACAACUAACUUUAAAUGACAAUCCGUUAACAACUCCGAAUACCCCUUCGAUGAAUGGUGAAAUUAAAUCAACUGAAACCGAUGAUGCGGUGACUCAAGCUGUCACGCAAUUGCUGGAUAAAUUACAAGUCAAUAAUGAAGAUGACCUACAACAACAGAAAAAAGCUGCAGUUUCGCGCGGUAAAACGAAACGUGUUCGCACGCAAAGUUAUUCAGACUGGAGUACCACCAUUGCGCCGCGUUAUCAAUGCGAAGAUGGCGAGUGUUCAGUGCAGUCGUGCUUAAACAAUUUCACAGCUGUAGAAUUGAUGACCGGAAACAAUAAAGUGGGUUGCGACACUUGUACGAAACGGCUUAGUAGCGAUGAUCCUAAGGCGAAAACCGUUAACACCAAUGCUACAAAACAGUUCCUGAUCUCUAGUCCGCCCGCUGUUCUAAUACUACACCUCAAACGUUUUCAACUCGGCCUGCGUUGCAUGUUUCGCAAAUUGACCCGGCCUGUUAGUUUCCCUAUGAUACUCGAUAUUGCCCCGUUUUGUGGUUCAAAAGUUAAAAAUCUCCCAAACAUUGACCGCAAACAAAAGAAACUCUUGUAUGCUUUAUAUGGGGUAGUCGAACAUUCGGGCGGUAUGUAUGGCGGACACUACACCGCCUAUGUUAAGGUUAGACCUAAAUUAUCAGCCGAUGAUAAGCGUUGGAAAUUUAUACCUCAAGGCAGUAAAGCGGAAUUGGAUCAAGACGAUGAACAACGUAAAAAGCUUGAAGAAUUAUUGGCACGCGAAAAGGCAAAAGCUCGUGAUAUGCGAAUGAAGGCGGCUAAUGAUAGUGAUGAUUUCUCCAAUUCAUGUAGUAGUACCGAUUCAACAAAUACCUCUUCCUCAGCCUCAGAACACGAAGAAUUACUACAGGCGGCCAGUACGAGCACUAAUACCGAAACUGUAGAUCAGGGGGCGGCUGGUGGCAUUGAAGAAGCCUCCAACGUGCAAAUGCCGUUAGGUAAAUGGUAUCACGUCUCAGAUUCUUUCGUACGUGAGGUUAAUGAAAGUGCGGUAUUAAGUGCUCAAGCCUAUCUAUUGUUCUAUGAACGAAUUUACUAAACGAACGGAAAAGAAGUGCAUGUUGCGGAAAAGCACUAACUAUGUAGAAUGAAAUAAAGCGGGUCCUUUUUCAGGGAGUGUUCAACUUUUGCGGUUUGCUCUUGGACUGUUGAGGAAAUGUUUUCCCGUAGUUGUAAUUUUCCUUUUUAAUUGUAAAUUUAUGCUACUUGUAUGCAAUAUUUGUCUUUAUUUAAGUUAGACUUUUGCAUUUCAAAAGAUUACUGAAGGAAAUGAUUA